UUAUAAACUCUGCAUCCUCGCCUCGGUCCCGUCUCACGUCCACCUAUCCCAAAGUUCCAUCAUGUUUUUCAAGUCUGUGAAGUUCAACGCUGUCGCUCGCUCGCUUCCCUUUGUGCCGUGAACCCGUCCGGACCGCCGGGCUUUUAAUCUCGCCGAGCCAGGUCCACUGUUGGUCCCACUUCUCCGGGCUUGCCGUUGGCGGUUACGGAUCCCCCGGGCCAGUUUUCCAGUCCAUCUUCGUUGAUUCACCUCGACGGGCGUCGCCGUCAUGUCGACAACCACCACGAUACCCCCCGGGUGGCGGCCGACCUAUGAAACAUGCCACGAGGUGUCUGUCCUCUGCCCCGUCAAGGCCACCACGCUCGGCUACUACCCCAACCGCGGCCUCAACAUCUUCUUCGCCGUCGCUUACGCUUUGGCGGCCGUGGUGACCCUAAUCUUUGGCGUGUGGAAGCGCACAUGGGGUUUUUCCAUCGCCGUGACGGCAGGAUGCAUCCUUGAGUGUGUCGGCUACGUCGGCCGCACCCAGCUGUCCACCAACCCCUGGAAUGACACCGCGUUCAAGACCCAGAUCGUCGCCAUCAUCCUCGGCCCGACCCUGAUCUGCAUCGGCCUGUACCUGACGCUCAAGCACACCGUGACGGCGCUCAACCGGUCGCUGAGCCGGGUCGCGCCGCGCGUGUACCCGCUCUUCUUCGUGCCCGCCGACGUCUCGUGCCUGGUCGUGCAGGCCAUCGGCGGCGGCAUCGCCGCCUCGGCCGGGUACAACAACUACAAGCUGCUGCAGAACGGCAACCGCACCAUCAUCGCCGGCGUCGCCCUGCAGGUCGUCGUGCUCGGCGCCUUCGGCCUGAUGGCCGGCGACUACCUGUUCCGCGCCCGGCGCUACUUCCGCCAGCCCGCCGCCGUCGCGCCCGAGUUCCGGUCCGGCGCCGCGCUAUGGGCCGACAGGAAGUUCAAGAUGUUCCUCUGGGCCAUGGGCGCCGCCUACGCGCUGCUGCUGAUCCGCUGCAUCUACCGCAUCGCCGAGAUGGCCGGCGGCUGGGGGUCGCCGAUCAUGCAGGACGAGCCGUCGUUCAUUGCGCUCGAGUCGUUCAUGGUCGUCAUUGCUUGCGCCCUGCUGGCUGCCUUCCCGCCGGGCAUCUUCUUCCCGCAGAUGUCGCACAAGUUCGUGCCCAUCGAGGAGGAGAAGCAGCCGCAGACGGAGAGCGACUCGGCGGGCUUCGAGAUGGGGCGCGUUUGAACCACCACACCAGCAUG